AAGAGAUGGGGUUGGUUCCAAGAUUUCGACCCUCCAUGACCCAGUGUAGGAUCAAGCACCUGCGCAGAGGUGGGAUCACUGUGACUCCUCACGAUCAGCUCAUAAUUAAGCUACCCGAUUCAAGGGUUCUUAAGGUUAUCGCCCGAUCGGUGCUUCUGGCUUUGGCCAUUAUCACUUCUCCCUGGCUUGGAUCAAUGGUCAUUCGGGAUUCUUCCUUAAUUUACAGUUCUGUAACCUCUGAGGCUCGCAUUCAUGGUGAAUCAUUGUUGCCUGUGCUCCUUCACGACUUAACCAGCGAGGGUCUCUUCAAAUCGGGAGACAAAGCCCUCUUUGUGCUCCGACAAGGCGAUGGCGACGAGGUUACAACUCACGGUGCCCAGAUCUUGAAAGCCCAUGUCAUGGAUCUCGUCUCUGAAUCCGAUGCCGAGCGACAGAACUCGAUCCUAGAUGGCACAUUUGAUUUCGUCUUCGCUUCUGAUGUCAUUGCCGGCGAGUUCAUCGAUCGAAUCCUCAAGACUGGCGGAAUCGUUGCCAUUCAAUUGAGCAACAAUCCCUCGAACGCCUUCUACAAACCAUCGAAUUACAAAAUCGUGUAUCUUAGGCAGUUCGAAUCCACGGUGUUGGCGUUGAAGAAGACCGGACCUGCUGAGACAAAUUCACAGACGAAGAGGCGUCUCUGCGCAUUGUCAUCGGAAGCCAAGAGGGCAGCAUUGAAUGGCCUGGAGGAUGUCCUGCUUGAACCGCCACGAGCUUCUUCAGUGAAACAGAACAACAAGUACUUGAAGAGGACCAAAUACCUCCCUGACUUAAUGGGUGAUUCUUUAGAACAGUACCCUCGUCGCCUAUUCAUCGAUGUUGGCUUACCAGACAAGAACAUCAAUGGCAGCACGAUGUGGUUCGCACGGAACUACCCAACAAGGAAUCGAGAUUUUGAAAUGUACAAGAUAGAGACUCUAAACGAAGAGGUUUUGGAUGAGGGAGUUCCACAGAUGAGCAUGUCUGACUGGUUGAAGAAGAAUGUAAGGGAAGAGGAGUAUGUAGUUAUGAAGGCAGAAGCAGAAAUAGUAGAGGAAGUGGUGAAGAGCAGAGCAAUCUGUUUAGUGGAUGAGCUGUUUCUAGAAUGCGAACACCAGAGCUUGGGAGGAAGGAAGAACAAAAGCAAGAGGGCUUAUUGGGAAUGCUUGGCUCUCUAUGGAAGGUUGAGGGAUGAAGGAGUUGCAGUCCAUCAAUGGUGGGGUUGACGAAGAUUUUGACUUUGUUAGAGAAAGCAAAAGAGAAAG